AUGUUGCGGUGUUUUCAAAAUCUGAGCUUUUAAUAUGCUCACGUGAAUGAAAAUAAAAAAACGAAGGCUCCUCUUAAGUGCAUCAAUGCCAAUGCAAUGUCAAUGACUGCAUUCAAAAUAAAUCAAACUUUUUGAGCGCUAAAUCAGAUUGCAGCAUUAAAUGGCCAUUAAAAUAUUCAUAAUUCCUUUCUUCUCUGCCAGUCUUUCAAUCUGAAUCGUGUCAAAACCCAAGCUUUUUGUUUCUUCUCAUUACACACGCAAAAAUGGGUUGUGUUUCGUCUACACUGCUUAAUCAAGACGAUGAAUUCUCUCCAAUCGGAGGCUCGUCUGCCUUCAGCCACCACAUUGUCUCUCUCACUUCCACUACCUACGGCCUCCUUACCCUCGACUCGCCGUCGUCUGACCACCAUUCUCCCACUACUACUGUUCCUCCUACACCAACCCCACCACCGCCUCCGCCUCGCUUUACCCUUGGUUCCCUCUUCCCCAGCCCACUCUCUGAACCCCGUUCUCUCAAGCCCCACUCCCUCGAAACCAUCAACUAUUGGGACUUCGCUUCCGGCCUCGAUGCAGAUCACAUUCCCAGCUUCCGCUUCUCCCCGUUGCCGUUACCACCCUAUAAAUCGUUUAAUACUGCGGCAGUCUGUCCGGAUAAUGAUGAGAAUUUGAGUCCGAAUGUUUCUAUGAAGUCCUUGAAAGAGGCCACUAGUUUCAGGAAAUCAGAUGUUUCCAAGGAUUCAAGCUAUUUUGGUUCACUCGAUGGAUUUGAAAAGAUUUGCCCGCCAAAUGGGGAGCAUACAUUAGUGAUAUAUACAACGACACUAAGAGGUGUAAGGAAGACUUUUGAGGAUUGCAAUGCUGUUAGAUCAGCGAUCGAGGCUCUUGGGUUUUUGUUUUUUGAGAGAGAUAUUUCAAUGGACAAGGGGUUUAGGGAUGAAUUGAAGGAAUUGCUGAAGGGUAAGGACACAAGUGACAUGAUACCGCCAAAAGUGUUCUUGAAAGGGAGGUAUAUUGGAGGCGUUGAGGAGGUUAUGAGGAUAGUUGAGGAGGGAAGUCUUGGAAAAUUGCUUCAGGGGUUGCCUAGAACAAGAGGUGGCUAUGUGUGUGAGGGGUGUGGAGGUGUAAGGUUCUUGCCCUGUUUUACUUGUAAUGGAAGUUGUAAGAUUGUGGUGAAUGAAGAAAUGCUGGUGGAUGGGAAGCAAGGGGAGAAGGCGGUAGUAGUGAGGUGUAGUGACUGUAAUGAGAAUGGAUUGGUGCUCUGUCCCAUGUGUAGCUGAGCUAUUACAGAAUGUGGAUUCUUUUGGCACCAUCCAUAUUUAUUAGUAAUCUGAGAAGGCGUUACUGGUCUGAUUCCUGGCUUGGAAAUUGCAACAGUGUUUCACUUGGUGCAGAGAGGGUGCCAAUGCCGCAGUUAUAGUACACAAUGAUGGUUUGUAUUUGGAGACAAUCAUCUUGUCAACUUUGUGCCUUGAUAAUGAUAAUUACUGUGGGCCAAGUCUGGAUUUUCUGGUGGAACUUAUCAAUCAGUAUGAUUCCAACUUCAUAUUAGUUAUAAUGUCCAAGGGCUCUUUACAUUAAGUACUACAAGCUAGAAAUGUGAUAUUGAAGGAACAAGUUUAUUUAACAAUUAUACUUAACACUGACAAUUGGAACUUAUUAGGAGAUAUGCGAAGCUGGAAAUCUGAUUCUCUUUCUUUCCAGAAAAUUGCAAGAUGGAUAAUCUUAUUUUUUAGCUCCUGGUUCUUUAGUUAAAUUUUCUUUACGCCCCCUCCCCCCUUCUAAGCUUGUAUUUCUUUCUAGAAUAAUGUUAUGUAGAGUAUACUAAUAUUUACCACUGGUUUGUUUGGCUACAGUGGUU